GUAUCUCAGACCUCAAGUCCUCUCAGUGCGAGUGGGCAGACAGGCUGAUAGGAUGCAGAAAGCAGUGAUUCUGGUUCCCCUGCUGGUCUUGGGAUGGACCUGGACCCUUGAGGGGCUCCCUGUACUCCCAGAACCUCUCUACACCACCCAGGAGAACUUUGAUCUCGCCCGGUUCUUGGGAACGUGGCAUGAUGUUGCCGUGGCAAGUACAUGUCAGCAUAUGCAGCGUCACAGGGCAGAUGCAGCCAUUGGUAAACUGGUACUGCAGAGAGGCACCACUGAAGGCAAACUCAAGAUGACACGAACUGUACUCAGACACGGAACAUGUAAAGAGAUGUCCGGGGAUUAUGAGUUAACGUCCACACCAGGACGAUUCUUCUACCAUGUUGCAAAGUGGGGGGCAGACGUGGACGCCUAUGUGGUUCACACAAACUACAUUGAAUAUGCGAUAAUGAUAAUGAGCAAAGAGAAAUCAUCAGGGGAGAAGAGCACCUCAGUUAAGCUUUACAGUCGAACUAUGACCGUAAGAGACACCGUGCUCGAGGACUUCAAGACACUGGUCAGACAACAAGGAAUGACUGACGACACUAUUACCAUCAAGCAGAACAAAGGUGACUGUGUUCCUGGAGAGCAGGUGGCAGAACCAUCAGCGCAGCCUGAGCCUCAGAGGGUGAGGAGAGAUGUGGUCCCUUCUCUGGCUCCUGCAGAAGAGGAGGGUUCUGGUGACGACACAGCUCUUUUCGAUGGAACAGUGGCCUGUGGAGCAGCACCAGAGACAGGACCAUGUUUUGGGAUGCACCAGCGUUACUAUUACAACGCCUCCUCAAUGAGCUGUGAGAUGUUUAAGUACGGAGGGUGUUUGGGGAACCAGAACAACUUUGCAACUGAGAGAGUGUGUCUGCAGAGAUGUCGCACUGAGGCCGUGUGCCGUCUGCCCAUGGCACCCCAACCCUGCAGAGGUCAGCCACCCAUAUGGGCCUUUGACUCUACCGUCGGUCUGUGUGUGCCCUACAAACAUGGUUUCUGCCAGGCCAACGCCAACAAGUUCUACACUAAGGCAGAGUGUGAGGAGUACUGCGGAGUGGUUAAAGAUGACGCAGAGCUCCUGAAGGCAAACUGAAUGAGAUGAGGAAUCACUGCUCAUCUGAAACUCGUUAUACAGUGAUGGAACAUGAACUAGCUACACAUAAGGCGCACAAAUAAGAAACAUGAUUUUGUCUCAGUACUCACAAAAUAUGAAAAGUCAUAUCACCAAUAAAACCAAUAAAGGUCAA